AGCAUCCAGCCACACGAGCGAACCACGACAACGUACUCGUCUGCAAGCACGACCGCUCAGGCUUGGGCAUGCGUAGGUCUGUUUCCACGAUGCGCAAGCGCUGUAGAAGGCUGGGUGGCUCAUAAGUAGUAUCCUCUUCCAUGUUCCUAUCCGUUUCAUCCUCGCACAACCAUCCCACCACCGCUACACUAACAGCCCACCUGAAGCACACAUCUACCCGGCCAGUUCGUGUACCGAGGAUGCUGUCUCUCAAGGACUUCCUCUCCAUGAGUUCGCCCCUUCGACUGGCUACCAUUGCUACCAUAUCGGUACUGCUACUGGCACAGCCCGGUGCCUCUCAGACGUACAGCAAGUGCAACCCAACGCAGACAUCGAGCUGUCCUGCAGACCCAGCACUUGGAACAUCUACCAACAUCGACUUCACGAAAGGAAGCUCGAGCGCCUUCACGGCCUCCGGUAAUCCAACAUACAGCUCUAAUGGCGUCGGGCUCACCGUCGCAAAGGCCGGUGACGCGCCAACAUUGACCUCCAAUUGGUACAUCAUGUUUGGUCGCUACGACAUCGUUAUGAAAGCCGCGCCAGGCACUGGUAUUGUAAGCUCUGUCGUACUGCAAUCGGACGAUCUGGACGAAAUAGAUUGGGAGUUCCUCGGAGGCGUUGGCGAUCAAGUGCAGAGUAACUAUUUCGGCAAAGGACAAACCACGACAUUUAACCGCGGAGCUGUACAUACUGUCACCAACACGGAGGGACAGUGGCACAAAUACACAGUUAUCUGGACCAGCUCGCAAAUCACUUGGCAGAUCGAUGGCAACACAGUGCGAGUGCUGACAAUGAGUGCCGCAAACGGACAAUACCCGCAAAGUCCGAUGCAGCUCAAGAUAGGCUCGUGGGCUGGUGGUGACCCUUCCAACCCUGCUGGAACGAUUGCGUGGGCAGGAGGAACCACGAGCUACGCUGCCGGACCAUUCACGAUGUACGUGCAGUCUGUCUCCGUGCAGGACUACUCUACUGGCAAGCAGUACACCUACGGCGACACAAGUGGUAGCUGGACCUCAAUAAGAUCAACUGGUGGCGCAAUAAAUGCCAACGUUGGCUCCUCUGGAACGGCAGCUGCAGCACCCGCCAUAACCUCGACCGCGAGCAGUAACAUCAUUCCGUUCUCUGGUACUCAUGCAGACUGCUCGACCUGCACGACGCCUGGCGCGGGUGGAUGGACGGUCUCGACUGUUACGAGCGAUUCCACCAGUUGUACGAAUAUACCGAGCUUGCCGUCCGGUUGGACAGUGUCCGGUUCCUGCAGGCUCGUCGCGCCAAGUGCCGCACCGCCUCUUGCAAUUCCGAUCAAGCUUGUGUGUCUACUGGCUGGUGGCCUAGCAAGCGGUCUUCUGCUCGGCGUCCGGUUGUAGUACCGCUGAUAGACCGAACGACAUAAUGUACGUACUGCAUAGCAAAAUUGGUCGUAGCGUCUCUGCUUAGCGUGGUGCUUGGGGGAAGCUGCACAUAGAUUACAGGUUAGACACAUUGAUGUGCCAUUCAAUGGUACGUUAGACCCCUACAAGAGGGCCAUUGCAAGUCGAAUCGUGACUCUGCUGUGCCGUAUGCAAGCCCCCGCGUUGUGAAAUUCGAGUCAUUCGCCCUGCGGUGUAUCCAGCAUGGCAAAAGCUCGCACAGGCGCUGUGCUGGUGGUUCGAAGCCCGAGCUCUGCGAUACAAGAGUAUGAAGUCCUGAUUCUGCACGACGGCAACC